GGCUGCAGGCCGCGAAGCUUGUGCAGUGUGGAGCCCCAAAUAUGGAGCUACCGGACCCCGUCCGCCAGCGGCUGGGAAACUUCAGCCGGACUGUGUUCAGUGACUCCAGCCGGACCGGGCCGGAGUAUGGCGAGGGUCCCGAUAAUGAAAUGGUCUCCAGUUUGGCAUUGCAGAUGUCUCUUUAUUUUAAUGCUUACUUUUUCCCAUUUUGGUGGAUGAGCAGUAUUGCAAUGCUUCAGAUGAAGUAUUCAAUCCUGCCUGAUUACUACAAGUUCAUUGUGGUCACAGUUAUCAUCCUAAUAACCUUAAUUGAGGCUAUCCGGUUAUACCUGGGCUACAUGGGUAACCUGCAAGAGAAGGUUCCUGAAUUGGCUGGUUUUUGGCUUCUAAGUCUUCUGCUGCAGUUACCUUUAAUUCUUUUCUUGCUCUUUAAUGAAGGCCUAACAAAUCUGCCUUUGGAAAGAGCAGUACACAUUAUUUACACUAUUUUCCUCACUUUCCAAGUGGUUUCAGCAUUUCUUACCUUGAAAAAAAUGGUAAAUCAGUUGGCUACUCAUUUCCACCUCCAAGACUUUGACAGACUUUCUGCAAGCAGGAAAGAUGUAAGAAUGAGAUCCUGUAUAGAAGAGAUUUGAACAAGAACGACUGGGUAGAACUGAGUCUAGAAGACAAAUUAUUAAAAAUAGAAGAGAUCUAGCACAUGCAAAUGAAGAAAUCAAGUGUUUUCAAUCUAUACAGUGUUACUCCAAUUCCACAGUUGGAACAAUGAUAGGACUUCUGUUUUCCCACACCUUGCUGUACUCUAGGCUUCCUCAUUACUCCAUGCUCAGGGAUCAUGCCGAGCAGAUACAGCAGACACCUAACCCACUGUUCCAGCCCCAAUAAUACUAUUUUUAUAUUAUGUGAAAGGAGCCCUAAAACCUAGAUGUUGUCUACCUGAUAUAAACAAUCUUUAUUUAUGUUUAUGUCAAUUUUUUAAGAUACCUCAAUAGAAAUCGGUGAUGCAGUCACAGACUGCCAGUUUUAUUGUUAUCUUUUUUAGUUUGUACCUGUAACUAGAAAUUUAAUAUAUAUACAUAUAUUUGUUUGUCUUGGGCCACACCUGGAAGCACCUAGGGAUUAUUCCUCGCUCUGUACUCAGAAAUCAUUCCUGGCAGGCUCAGAGGACCAUAUGGAUCUAAUCCAGGUCGGCUGUGUGCAAAACAAACAAUCUACCCACU